CCUACUCUCUCACACCCCUAAAUACAAAACAAAACUUCUUUAUAAUCUUCCGACCAAAACUUCUCUCUCUCUCGUAUUACAUUUUCAUUCCUUUAGAUGCAAGACUCUUCUCUUCCCCAGCCGGAACGUAAUCUCCGGUCACCGGCGCCGGAGAAAACCUUAAGCAGUUCAAAAGCUAAAGAUGAUCAAAAGGGUGUUUCUAAGCAUCCAAAUUUUCGUGGGGUCAGAAUGAGACAAUGGGGAAAAUGGGUGUCUGAAAUCAGAGAGCCAAAAAAGAAAUCAAGAAUCUGGCUCGGCACUUUCUCCACCCCGGAGAUGGCGGCGCGUGCACACGACGUGGCCGCUUUAGCCAUCAAAGGAAGCUCUGCUCACCUCAAUUUCCCGGAGCUCGCUUGCCAUUUGCCGAGACCGGCAAGCGCCGAUCCGAAAGACAUUCAAGCCGCCGCCACAGCUGCCGCCGUUGAGUGGAAAGCACAGGAGUCUCCGUCAAGCACGGUGACUUCAUCGAUGACGUCAUCUUCACCCGCGGACGAUGCUUUCUCCGACCUCCCUGAUCUUUUGCUAGACGUGAAUGAUCACAAAGUUGAUGGAUUCUGGGACUCGUUCCCGUACGAAGAACCUUUCUUCAUGGAAAAUUAUUAGGACGGCAAAGUCCGGCCGGCGAAUGAUUUUUCCGGUAGUGAUGGGACAUGGUGUCGUUAAGUAAGUUUUGUCUUUAUGGGGAUUUUUUUGUUUUCUUUCUUUUACGUGGGAGUAAGUUUCCAAAUGUGUGACGUGUAAGUAAAGGUAUUCUUUUCUUUUUGUACAAAAACGAACGUGAUUAACAAAAGGUUUUGUUUAUUGCGUUAUUAUUUUCCAAACCCUUGAAUAAUUUGGGUGGGUAAAUUUUCUUUUUGCGCAUUAUUUGG